AAAGAUCAAGGAGGAUUAGGACAGAGUAAUGGCCACCAGAUUUAGCAGCGAUUUAUGUUGUAGUUGGCUUUGUUUAGGCUAGAAUUCUGCUCAUUAAUAAAAUGGCAGGUGAAGAUCUCACAUACAUGCAUGCCACAUCAUACAUUGUUCACAUUUCGGCGCUUGUUUCCCUACCUGUGCUGUUAAUCUUGCUGUGUUCCACUCUUUGUUGUUUCCACAGGGCUUUGCACACAGACGGUGCUACCACUGCAGGCAGGUCUAUGGUAAAAACACCCAUUGCCCUCAAUACACAGAACCUCAGUCAGCUGAAUACCCUCACACAGACAGAUCACAUCCUGUGUGACACCAUAAAGGGUUAUUGCAUAAGACAAAUUCCAAGAUUAAUCACAUAUUUGGCAACAACUGCUAAUUUACAAGGGUUCUGACCAAUUUUGUUGACCAUGAACAAGGACAGAAAUCAGAUAACAGAGAAGGUAUUGAAUCUUACCCUGGAGAUCAUCUACCUGCUGACUGGAGAGGAUUACAUACUUGUGAAAAAGCUUGGAGAGAAUGACAAACGCAGCAGCUCUUCUGUGUCAGAAAGUUCCUGCAUCCCCAGCACGUUACCUCCACCUCAACCUGUGAUCCAUGAGAGAAAGAAUGACAAGAAGAUCCUGGAUCUGACCAAUCAGAUCAUCCAGCUGCUGACUGGAGAGGUUCCUGUAAGAUCUGAGGAUGUCGCCAUCUGUUUCUCCAUGGAGGAGUGGGAGUAUCUAGAAGGACACAAGGAUGUUUACAAAGACAUGAUGAUGGAGAAUCACCAGACCCUCGGCACACUGGGUGGAGCCAGGCCAAGUCAUACACCUGAAGGUUUUCAUACUCCGAUUCCUUCAGAAGAACUUGGAGCAAAGGGAAUAAGGAACAGAGAUGAUAGGGGAGAAAAAUGCUUGAGAAUGAAUAAGCCAUGGAAGAGACAGCGCCGAUCAGUGAGAAAAGUGGGACAAAAAUCAACGUCGUGUGAAGAGGAAAAUAUCACAGUAAUCAACAUUUCAACACCUACAGAACAUACACAGACAGAAUAUAGCUUUACUCAUCCUAAGGAGGAAUCUGCUUUAUGUGAAGAGGAAAAUCUCGCAGACACCGACUGUUAUACAGCCACAGAACCUACACAAACAGAAGGCGCAUCUACUUCCAUUAAAAAGGAACCAAUCUCACAUGAAGAAGAGAAAUUCAGUGGCAGUGACAUUCACACACCCACAAAUCAUUUACAGACAGAAUAUACAUCUAUUCAUGUUAAGGAAGAACUGGUGUCAUGCGAAGGAAAUCUCACAGACACAGACGCUCAAACACCACAAGAACUUACACAGACAGGAUAUACAUCUACUUGUAUUAAGGAGGAUUCAGCCUUAUGGGAACAGAAUAUCACGGGUACUGAGAUCUAUACACCCGCAGAACACACGCAGACAGACUAUAUACCUACUCAUAUUAAGGAGGAAUCGCCCUUAUGGGAAGAAGCCUGUGUCACUGACAUUUAUGCACCAACAAAUCAUACACAGACGCAAUUUGCGUCUGCUUAUAUAAAGAUGGAAUCUGUCUCGUGGGAAGACCAUUUCAAAGAUGUUGACAUUUACAGGCAGACGGAAUAUACACCAACUCAUGUUAAGCUGGAAUCAGACGCUUGGGAAGAAAUACAUGUUACAGGCACUGAUUUAUCUACAACCACUGAACAUGCAAAAAGAAUAGAUCCACGUAUUUAUGGGGAACACAGUUUAGGAAUAACCAGUACAGAGAGUGAAGUCAAGAAAGUGUUUAAGUGCAGUGAGUGUGGUAAAAAGUUUGAUAACAAAUAUGCUUAUAUGUCUCACCAACAAAAACACACGAUCGAGAGGAUGCACAACUGUCUUAACUGUCACAAGUAUUUUGCUAUUUAUUCAGAUGAUGUUGAACAACAGGCCUUUAACAGUGAAAACAAGAUGACUUGUUCUGUAUGUCAGAAACAUUUCUCUCGUAAAUCCAACCUUUUUAGACAUUACAGGACUCAUUUGGGAAAAGAUAUAGUCUCGUGUUCUGAUUGUAAAAAGAAGUAUACCAGCAGGUACAACCAUGCCACCCAUCGAAAGAUUUCCAAAGCGGUGACGAUCUUCUCUUGUCCACAGUGUGGAAGGUGCUUUACCAAUCGCUCAUAUUUUUCAGCUCACCUCAGGAUACACAGUGGAGAAAAACCCUUCACAUGUUCUGAAUGUGGGAAGUGUUUUAGCAAAAAGGCAAAUCUUGUUAGGCAUCAGAUGAUUCAUACAGGGGAGACAAAGGUCUCAUGUGCUGAAUGUGGAAAAUGUUUUCCAGAUAAACAAAGGCUUGUUGCACAUCAAACCAUUCACACAGGACAGAAACCGUUUUCAUGUUCUGAAUGUGGAAAGCGCUUUAGCAGUAGCUCAUAUCUCGCUAUCCAUCAAAGGAUUCACACCGGAGAAAAACCAUUUGCGUGUUCUGAAUGUGAGAAAAGGUUUACCCAUAAAUCUGUUCUUGUUAUACAUCAAAGAAUUCACACAGGAGAGAAACCAUUUGCAUGUUCUGAAUGUGGCAAGUGUUUUACCGAUCAAUCAAGCUUAUUUACUCAUCGUAGGGUUCACACAGGAGAGAAGCCAUUCUCGUGUACAAAAUGUGGGAAAUAUUUUACUGUUAAGUCAAGUCUUGUUAAACAUUACAUGAUUCACACUGGUUAUAAACCAUUUCCAUGCUCUGAAUGCGGGAAACGGUUUAGUUCAAAUGCAUAUCUUGUCAGACAUCAGAGGAUUCACAAAGACAUGAAGAAGACCAGUGUUAAAACAUUUUCCUCUACAUUAGUUUUAUUUUACUGUGAGUUAAUAAUACAUUAUGUCACUUUACCCGCUGAGGCCAGUCCAAGGAUAAUCCUUCCAGGAGGACCAGAGCUUGUUUUGGAGCAUUUGGCAGACUCCUUAAUAAUGAUCCACAAGAGUCCGAUAACUGAGAAGAUUUUGGAUCUCACCGUGGAGAUCAUCUACCUGCUGACUGGAGAGGGUUAUUUUGUUAUGAAGGAGUCUGGAGAACGUAUCACAUGUAGCAGGAGUUCUCAUGUAUCAGAAAGCCUUUCCAGGGCUCAAAGCCCCAGCACUGUGCCUCCACCUCAUUCUCUGAUUAAUGCGAGAAACAAUGACAAGAAGAUCCUGGAACUGACCAGUCAGAUCAUCCAACUGCUAACCGGAGAGGUUCCUAUAAGGUGUGAGGAUGUCACUGUCUAUUUCUCCAUGGAGGAGUGGGAGUAUCUAGAAGAACACCAGGAUCUCUACAAGGAUGUGAUGAAGAAGAAUUAUCUGCCACUCAGACCACUGGGUUAUGUAAAAGAAGAUAAAAGAGACAACAAAACUGAUAAAGGAGCACAAUUCUUGAGAAUAAAUGAGUCAAGAAAGAAGCAGAGAAAGCAGACAAAGGGACAACUGGCCACACAGGAAGGUGGAAAUCUCUCAGACACGGACAUUGAUACACCCACAGAACAUACACAGACAGACUAUCCAUCUACUCAUGUUAAGGAGGAAUCAGGCACUUGUGAAGAAGGAAAUCUCACAGACUCCGAAUUUUAUACACCCAUCGAAUGUUCACCUAUAGAAAAUACAUCUGUGUAUAUAAAGGAGGAACCAGUCUCCUGUGGAGAAGGAGAUCUCUCAGGCACUGACAUUAAUACACCAACAGAACACACACUCACAAAAUACCCAUCUACUUAUAUUAAAGAGGAAUCAGAUUCAUGCGAAGAAGAAAAUCUCACAGACACUGACAUUUAUAUACCCACAGAACAUUCACAGACAGGAUACACAUCCAAUUUUAGGAAACACAAGAAAAGGAAUAGCUUUGAGCCAGCGAUAGAUAAGAACCUACCAAUAAUCAGUAGUUUUGAAUGGGGCACAAAUGAUACUAGAACAUGUAUAUCUCAACGUGAAAAACACUCCGAACAUUUGAUGUAUAACUGCACUGAGUGUCAGAGUUGUUUCAAUAGUAACUCGGACCUUGUUAAACAUCAGACAAUUCACACAGGGAAUAAGUUUAGUUGUUCAGAAUGUGGGAAAUUCUUCUCUUCUAAGCACAGCCUCAUCGUACAUUAUAGGAGUCACACAGGAGAUAAACCAUUCCCUUGUCUUGAGUGUGGAAAAUGCUUUACUGCUAAAUCAAUACUUAUUAGACAUGAGAUAUGUCACACAGGAGAGAAACCAUAUCCUUGUUCAGAAUGUGGGAAAUGUUUUUCUGCUAAAGAAAAACUUCUGAAACAUCAUAUGAUUCACACAGGAGAGAAGCCAUUCUCAUGUUCUGAAUGUGGGAAGUGUUUUUAUACCAAACCACAACUUGUUGACCAUCAGAGGACUCACACAGGAGAAAAACCAUUCCCAUGUUAUGACUGUGGAAGAUAUUUUACCCUUAAGUCACAUCUUCUUUCACAUCAGAAAAUCCACCAAGGGGAGAAGCCGUUCCAGUGUUCUGCAUGUGGGAAAUAUUUUAGCCGUAAGUCAAAUCUUGUUGCGCAUCAGAGAACUCACACAGGAGAAAAAAAAUUCUCAUGUUCAGAAUGUGGGAAAGGUUUCACUGCCAAAUCAAGCCUUGUUAAACAUCAGCGGAUUCAUACAGGAGAGAGACCAUUCUCAUGCUCUGUAUGUGGGAAACGUUUUACUAGCAAGUCAAGUCUUACUCUCCAUCUAAGAACUCACACAGGAGAAAAACCAUUUUCAUGUGCUACUUGUGGAAAAUGUUUCUCUCAAAGCUCAAAUCUUUUUUCUCAUCAAAGGAAUCAUCAUCCUUCAAACUAAAGUCUAUUUCUUUUUAAUGUAAAUAUUUUUUUGUUAAAGAAAAUGGAAAUAAUAAAGUUGUAAUAAUAAGAGAAUAAAUACUUGAGGGGAAUUCUACACAACAGAAAAGAACUCAAGAAAAGUCUUUAUUUAUGCACGUGCUCUUCGCUUUAAAAAUCAGGGAUUUCAUAUAACUAAUUUUAAAUCAAACUGAAAUUUCUUAUAUCUGGAUCUUAACACCAAACAAAAUCACAUUUGGACAUUACUGUGCUUAUCUGAAGGCACGUCAGAUUACCAGGUAAUGACAAUACUAAAUAUUACUGAGCUGUAUUCACAAUUCUAUAUUCUGAAUCUGCAGUCCAUGGGCAAACACAGCAUAAUAAAAUUAUAUCUUUUAACUUAGAUGUUCCUUCCUUUCUGGUGUUUUUUUUCUAGUAGGCAAUUUAUUUUGUAAUAAAAAUAUUAAUUGGGA